UAUAUUUCAGUAGAAUUACAGUGAGCAAGCAGAAGAACUAGUAAAUCUCUGUCCACUGACUUGCAACUAGCCUGCAUACUUCAGGACUGCAAACAGAAAAUAUAACAAUGAAGACUGCACUUAUUUUUAUCUGCCUUUUGGGAAUAGCUUGUGCUUUCUCAAUCAAGAGCUUCCACAGAAGAGCAAAAUCAGAUGACUCUGAAGAAAACGCGGUUUUCAAGAACAGGCAUCGAUAUUAUUUUUACAGAUAUGCCUAUGUGUAUCCACCACAGAGAAGAAUGCAGAGCAGUGACUCAUCAGAAGAGGAAGGGGAUGGUGAUAGCUCAGAUGAAGAGGAUGAAGAGGGGCAGGAGCAGUCAAAUGAAGGGGAGAAUGAGGGUGAAGAGACCACCACAGAGGCUCCCACUGGGAAGGCCUCUGUAGACAAGAAAGGAUUUGGCAAAGGAGAAACCAAAGCUCCUAAGAAGGGCCAAGACUGCAAAGGUCCUGAGAAAGAAGAGAAGAGUGAAGUCCUUAAAAAAGGCGGAAAGGGCAAGGCUCCAGAAAAAGGUGGGACAAGCAAAGGCUCUGAAAAUGAAGAUAGUGAUGAAAAUGAGGAGGAGGAAAAUGAAGAGGAGGAAAAUGAAAAUGAAGAAAAAGUGGAUGAAAAUGGAAAUGGCAUUAAUGGCACUAGCACCAACACUACUGAAACAGAGACUGGGAAUGGAGGUAAUGGCCUAGAUGAGAAUGGGGAAGGCAAUGGCAAUGAGGGGGCUGAAGAGGGAAAUGAGGAGGAAGAAGAGGAGGAAGAAAAUGAAACUGAAGCAACGACUGUCAUCACCACCACUGGAGAUCAGGGGCUGUAUGACACAACCACCACUGAAGAUGAGGUGCCUUAUGACACUACCACCACUGUAGAUCAGGAGGGUUAUGGGUAUGAAGAAAGUCCUACUCCUGGCUAUGAAAAUGGCUAUGAAAGCCAAACAGAUUAUAACUACGGAAGCGAGAAUGGGUACCCCCGCGGAGACACCUACAGAACUUAUGAGGAUGAGUACAGCUAUUACAAAGGGCAUGGAUAUGAUGUCUAUGGCCAUGAUUACUAUUAUAGUCAAUGAAGAGCAAGACCUUGAUUGAUCUGGUUAAUACUAAUACUCUGCAUAGCAAUUGUUUUCAAAGUUCAACUCAGGAAAGUAUGACAAAAUGUAACUUGGUGCCUGUAUAAAAAAAACAAACCCCUGGUUCCUAAUUU